GCCCGCGGCGGCUCCCGGCGCGCGCUGUUAGACGUGGCAGUUCACUGGGCGGCCGCGAGCGGAGAGGAGCCGGGAUCCACGCGCCGGAGACAGCUGCUGUGUGACCGGCCCGAGCGUGCGAGCCAGAGAGACACGGGGGAGGGGGGCUGCACACAGUGCACAGACUCGUAAGGAAGAUUCCCAUUUGGAAUGAGAAUAGUAUCGGAAUGAGCCAACAAGGUUAUGUUGCAACACCUCCAUAUUCCCAAUCCCAACCGGGUAUUGGAGGUUUUUCUACAGGCUUUGGACCACCUACUUCUUCACCUCUUUAUGGGCAUUAUGGCGACCCAAACCUAUCAUACUCGGCACCUCAGUCAGGUAUGUUGAAAUCUAAUGUGCCUUUUGGGUCCUCUGCUCCUGUUGGAUCUCCACCUCCUGGCACCCAUCAGUAUAGCCAGACUAACCUCCAGAAUGGCCCCCGUUCAACUGGACAUCAGCCACACAGGUUUCAAGGCCCUUCACCUCACAACAAUGCAGCACCUUCCUAUCCCCCGUAUUGUCCUCAGUCACAGCCAUCCUAUCCAAAUAGUGCAUCCUCUUCAUCCACAACACAACUGGCUAAUCAGCUCAGCACCCUGCAGAUAAAUAACUAUGGUCCUGGUGCUUCUCAGAGUUCUCUCAUGCCUUCUGGGAUUCCAACAUCUUUUCAAGGUUCAUGUCCUCCUCCACCACCACCAACACAGCAGCAAAUGGCCUUGCCACCUGGAUCUCAGAUUUCUCCAGCACCAGCAAAUAAUCUGAAUGGCGUUUGUACUCCACCCUCACUGCCUCCAAUGGCUAUGCAGGAUGGGAUUCCUGGAUCUGUACCCCCAAAUGCCAACUUGCAGCAACUUCCAGGACAACCCCCAGUGCCUGGGUAUCAUCCACAGCAUGCCAACUAUGGCCCUCAGAUGGCAGGCUCUCAGCUCUCUUAUCCUGGUGCCUUUCCUGGGGGCCCAGGACAGCUUGCUGGUCCACAGCAGAGGAAGCUUGAUCCUGACUCCAUCCCAAGCCCCAUUCAAGUAAUUGAAAAUGAUAAGGCUUCCAGAGGAGGUCAAAUCUAUGCUACAAACAUCAGAGGCCAAGUUCCUCCUCUUGUCACCACAGAUUGUGUGAUCCAAGAUCAAGGCAAUGCCAGCCCUCGUUAUAUUCGAUGUACUGCCUACUGCUUCCCAUCCUCUUCCGAUAUGGCCAAACAAGCUCAGAUUCCAUUGGCUGCUAUUAUCAAACCUUUUGCUGCUGUUCCACCAAAUGAGACACCUCUUUAUGUUGUCAACCAUGGGGAGACUGGGCCAAUUCGAUGCAACAGAUGCAAAGCCUAUAUGUGUCCCUUCAUGCAGUUCAUUGAAGGGGGAAGAAAGUAUCAAUGUGGAUUUUGCAACUGCAUAAAUGAUGUCCCUCCAUUCUUCUUUCAACAUCUGGACCACAUUGGCAGAAGAACAGACCACUACGAGAGGCCAGAGUUAUCUCUAGGAUCAUAUGAAUAUGUCGCUACAUUGGAUUAUUGCAGAAACAACAAGCCUCCAAACUCACCAGCCUAUAUCUUCAUGAUCGACGUGUCAUAUAGUAACAUAAAGAGUGGCCUUGUUAAACUCAUAUGUAAUGAGCUGAAGACUGUGCUGGAUAAACUUCCAAGAGAAGAGCAAGAAGAGACCUCAGCUAUUCGAGUUGGCUUUGUCACCUAUAACAAAGUUCUUCAUUUCUUUAAUGUAAAGAGCAACCUAGCUCAGCCUCAGAUGAUGGUAGUAUCGGAUGUUGGAGAAGUCUUUGUUCCUUUGCUGGAUGGUUUCCUUGUCAACUUUCAGGAAUCACGAUCUGUUGUGAACAACUUGUUGGACCAGAUUCCAGAGAUGUUUGCAGACACUAAUGAGAGUGAGACUGUCUUUGCUCCUGUUAUCCAGGCUGGCAUGGAAGCACUAAAGGCAGCAGAAUGUGCUGGAAAGUUGUUUAUCUUCCAUUCUUCAUUGCCGACUGCUGAAGCACCAGGGAAGCUGAAAAACAGAGAUGACAAAAAACUGAUCAAUACGGAUAAAGAGAAGAUACUUUUCCAGCCGCAGGUGAAUAUUUAUGAGUCUCUGGCCAAAGAUUGUGUGGCUAACGGCUGCUGUGUGAAUCUGUUCCUCUUCCCAAACCAGUAUGUGGAUGUAGCCUCCAUGGGUCUUGUCACAAUGUACACUGGAGGAACUCUUUACAAAUACAACAAUUUUCAGGUACAUUCUGAUGGUCCCCAAUUCCUGAGUGACCUCAGGAAGGACAUAGAAAAAAGAACAGGAUUUGAUGCAAUCAUGAGGGUUCGCACAAGUACAGGUUUCAGGGCCACUGACUUCUUUGGUGCCAUUUACAUGAACAACACCACAGAUGUAGAGAUGGCAGCAGUAGACUGUGACAAAGCAAUAACAGUGGAGUUCAAGCAUGAUGACAAACUGAAUGAAGACAGUGGAGCCUUAAUUCAGUGUGCUGUACUUUACACUUCGAUAAGUGGUCAAAGACGACUCCGCGUACACAAUAUUGGCUUAAACUGUAGUUCCCAGUUAGCAGAUCUCUACAAGAGUUGUGAAACUGAUGCACUUAUAAACUUCUUUGCUAAAUCAGCUUUCAAAGCCAUUCUAAGCCAGCCCUUAAAGACAAUCAGAGAGAUCCUGGUGAGUCAGACUGCUCGUAUGUUGGCAUGUUACAGAAAGAAUUGUGCCAGUCCAUCUGCAGUAAGCCAGCUUAUCCUUCCUGAUGCGAUGAAGGUGCUACCAGUUUAUAUUAAUUGUUUAUUAAAAAGUUGCGUGCUAGUUGGCAGACCAGAAAUUCCAACAGAUGAAAGAGCUUAUCAUAGGCAGUUGGUCAUGGCUAUGGAUGUUGCUGACACCCAGUUGUUUUUCUAUCCACAGCUUCUGCCAAUUCACACUAUGGAUGUAAAGAGUGAUGCUUUUCCCACUGCUGUCCGUUGCUCAGAGGAACGUCUGUCUGAAGGAGGGGUAUUCUUCUUGGCAAACGGGCUAAAUAUGUUCUUGUGGCUUGGAGUCAGCGCCCCACCAGAGCUUAUUCAAGGGAUCUUUAAUGUGCCAUCCUUUGCACAUCUCAGCACCGAGGCUACACUACUCCCUGAAGUGGACAAUCCCUAUUCUAAGAAGCUCAGAUCAAUAAUGGAUUACAUCCAGAGCAACAGACCUUACUCCAUGAAGCUGCUAAUAGCAAAGCAACGAGAACAAGCAGAAAUGCUUUUCCGACAAUACCUGGUGGAAGACAAAAGUCUUUAUGGAGGAGCUUCUUAUGUUGAUUUCCUAUGCUGUGUCCAUAAAGAAAUCUGUCAGUUGCUCAACUAAAGGAAGCUUGACAUAUACUUCAUCAGAUAUUCAUUCCUUCCAUUUGGUGACUAACUCCACAUAGUGUUUAACUAAGCUUUUCCUAUGGUAUUUGUGUACAGUUUCUAACGUCACAUCUUAGCGCUCACUUUCAGAGUAUCUAGUUUACUUAGUAAUAUGUAGGAAAUUCUGCACUCAGGUAUAAAUCUUUUGGGAGGGGCUUUAAAGAGUGCCUGUUUCUAAUUGACAUGGGUUACAUUUCUUAAAUAUAAUUCACAGAACAUUCCAAUGUUCUCAAUUAUCUAAUCUACUCUUUUUACGUAUACUAUAACGGAGGAAAAAAUUAGUUUUACAUUGUGAUGUUUAAUCAACUCCAUUAAACAUUUGCAAGUAAAUAUCCAGAGCAAUAACACUGUUCCAGUGGGCUUGUGUGGGGGCCUGUUCCUUUUCUGGUUGUCACCAUAUGUUGUAGUAAUGGUGAGCUAGGCUAACUUUGCACAUGAUUGGGGUGAUGAGGGGAAGGCUUCAGAAAUUACACAGGGUCACUAAUGAAGUCUUGAUAGCUUGUGGAGAUGAACUGGCUCUGUAUGUAAGUCAGGCAGAGUGCAAUGGUCUGCCUCCAUUGACUUACAUCCAUGCGUGGAUAAUCAAGGAUACAGAAGUCUAUCUACAACUGGUCCCAUCUCUUUGGCUUUCCAUCAUGCUCAGGAGAUAUAGGUGACAGAAUUUAGCCCAUAGAAACUACAGUGAAAGAAGGGAAGGGCAGUAAUAAGUACAACAAAAAUUACCCUGGAUGUGGCUGCUACUGUCAGUCUUUUCUUUAGUAAAUGACACUUUAUAUUUACUAGUGUGUCUUCAAUACAAUAGUAAAUUUGGUCUACUUCCUAUAAAAAAAAGUUUCUAAUUCUGAAACCUUAACUAUAUUAAUCAGAAAUCAAAUUCAGUAUAGUUUGAAUAUUACAAUCCUUAUUUACCAACUGGAAUAUUCAUAACUUUUAACUUAAUUUGCAAUACAACUCUGGUCUGACUAUUUAUCUUUUUGAAACUCCAAGGACUGUUUUUAAUCAAAGGUCACAUAUGAUGCUGGAAGCAACUUUAUUUAUUUACAUAUUAGUUGUGUAUUUCUGUGACCAUCUAACUCAAAUAUAUUAAGACAGUUAUUGCUUUAAAAAAGCUAGAUCACUGAUUAGAAGAUUAAAAGGCAGUUUGCUUUAAGUGUUCUGUUGAUUAGAUUGUUAAUGCAUUCACACAAGAUGAGAACAUGAUGAUAAAUCUCACCUGCAGAGCUUGUCCUGACAACUUAGAAGUUUGGAACUCUCUCUUCCCAAACAGCAUGAAAAGAAAGCAACUAGUCCUCAAAGUGUAGAGGAGAAACUUCAGAAACCUGCAAAAAAUUAUGUGCCUUUUAAGAAAUGUUUUAGCAUGUCACGUGAAUUGGAAGAUCACAUAAUGUUGUUUAAAGAGGUGAAAGCUCCCUUGAUCAAGUGGGGGUACUACAAAAGGACACUCCUAGACUAAAUUCAACUGGGAACUAGAUCUGAUAUUUCUUCAGAGCGAUAGAUGGAAAUUUAUAUGAGAACAAUUUGUUGCCAUUCCAAUUCAGUGUACAUUAUGAAUUACACCAGCAACUUUUUUAAAAAUGUAAACAAAUGUUUAUUAAAUAUCAUUACUAUCUGUG